AAAGUUAUUUGUUUGAAAAAGCAUAGCUCAGUCCCCCAUCAAAACCCUUCAAAAUCAAACCCGUUGUCUGAACUUCCAAAACACAGCAGAUCAAACUGUGUGUUUUGGGAUGAGUUUAUUAUUUAUUUAUUGUCUGGACUGCCAAAAUUCGAGGGCUUACCUGUGCGGUAAUUAGAGCUGUCAAAUUGUGACCUUCCCCGAGCGAUUAUCCCGAUGCCGUACCACGACCGGGCCAAGGCCCGUAUGGAGCACGAGGUGACCAUCCUUCGGCGCGAGGUGGCCACACUGCGCUCCAAGCAGGAGCAGCGGCGAAGGGCUCGCGAGGAGCAGGUGGCCCUGCAGGCGCGUCUGGAGCAGGAGGUCCAGGUGCUGCAGAACGAGCUGGCCGCCGCUCGGUGCGAUCGGGAGGAGCGGGAGUGUGGUGGAGCCGAGCAGUGCUCCCUGCUGACCGAACGGCUGGAGAAGCUGGACGGGCACGUGGUCAAACAGGAGCGCUACAUCGCCUUCCUCGAGGAGCAGAUCAACCACACGCGCACCAAGUACCAGCAGCGGAUGAGCGAUGUCCGCCAGAAUGCCGAGCUGGUCGAGAAGGAGCUGAAACGGGUGCGCCGUGAGAUGAGGACCAUUGCCGAGCAGGCCGGCGAGUUGGACCGCCUGCAGAAGGAGCUGGGCUUCCUGAACGGCAAGCUGGACCGCCGGAAUGCCAUCAUCUCCAAGUACGAGGCCCAGCACGAGGAAAUGUUGGCCAUCGUGGCGGGUCUUCAGAAUCAGUUGGUUGAAAAGGAGCGAAUCAAGGGCGGCGGAAAUGCCAGCCCAGGACACCGUCGGAGAACCCGUGUCCGCAAGGAGAAGGAGAUCGCUCCUGAUAAACCACCAGUUUUUAAAGAUAAACUUAAAGCCGACCCUUCCAAGAGUGACUCGAACAGCUUUGUCUAUCUGUCGACGGCACUGAAAAAAAAAGCUGUCAGUAGCUUCAUACCGCCGAGUACGUCCUCUAACCAAGGAUCUUCACAAUAAUCCUGUAUUUGUACCCUCGCUCGAACCACAAUCCAAAUUUUAGUUUGGCCCACCUUUGCAGAAAAUUUCUUUCGUAAUUAAGUUCUUUUGUACCAACAAAA